UGAUUCACUUUUUAGAAAAAUAAAAAUUAAAGGUCGUUUGGUGUGCUCAAGUAUCUUGUUAAUACGACAUGUCGCACAUAAGUUUUAAUUUUGGGAAAAAAGAUUGGGCUUUGUAUAGAGGAGAAAGGCCCAUAAUAACUACAAAAUAUUGGGCCUAGGCCCAUAAAUUAGGACUGAUUCCAGUCUUCUCUGAAAAUCAGUCAUCGUCUCCGAGAGAGACUGUAAAACCCUCAGAAACUGAGAUUAGGGUUGUUUCUUUGUAUUGUUGAAAUCGAGAAGCAAGGAGUUGGAUUCAAUGGCUUUGACCAACUUUAUCCUCACCGUGGCUGGUGUUAGCGCCGUCGUCCUUCUUCUCAGGUCCGAUGUAAAGCAGUCGGCCUCAAUCUUCAGGCGAAACGUUAAGCACAUAAGAAAUUGGCUCGAAGAAGAAUCCUCCUCUGCCUCCAAGGCUGCAGAGAAAAGGGUCAAGGAGCUAGAAUCAAAGGCGUCAAAAGAAGAUAUUCCCAAGGGAGACAAGCACUAGUGUCCCUAUUGUUCUGGUGCUUAAAUCAAUCACUAGUUUUCUUUUUCUUUUUUUUCCUUUUCUAGUUUGUUCAAAUAGUCACUACUUUUUUUCUUUUCAAAUACAAAUAUGUAACUAUCUAAUAAAUCCAUAUUUAAUUUUUUUAAACAAGAUUAUCUUUAACUUUUGAUACCAGCAUAUUUCUGUAAUUGGAAGUUUGUGGACAAAUCAUGCUUAUUUUGGCCACAAAUAUGGCACUCUGAUGAAUAUGGAUUAAUCACUAUUGUAUUCAAA